CCCCCCCCCAAAGGAGAAACCAAACCACUCCAACAACACGUCACGCUCAAUCAAAAUGGCCGACCCCGAUGCUCCCCAAACAAACAAGGCCUUCGUGCCUCUCGAAAACAACCCCGAAGUAAUGACGCACCUCGUCCGCCAACUCGGCCUAUCCCCGUCCCUCGGCUUUACAGACGUGUGGUCGAUCGACAGCCCGGACCUAAUAGCCUUCGUGCCACGACCGUCGCACGCGCUCCUGCUCGUCUUCCCGGUAUCGUCGACCCACGAAACCGCGCGCCGAACCGAAGACGCCCCGCUUCCGACAUACAGCGGCUCCGGGCCCGGCGAGCCGGUGAUGUGGUUCAAGCAGACCAUCCGCAACGCGUGCGGGCUGAUCGGCCUCCUGCACGCGGUCUCGAACGGCGAGCCCCGGAGACAUAUCACGGCGGGGUCGGAUCUGGAUACGUUGCUGCGGGAGGCGGAGGGGCUCGAGCCGGUGCGGAGGGCGGAUCUGCUGUAUGAGAGUAAGGCGUUGGAGAGCGCGCAUGCGGAUGCCGCCCAGCUGGGGGAUACGGCGGCGCCGCAGGCGGAGAGUGAGGUGGAUUUGCAUUUCGUGGCGUUUGUCAAGGGCCAGGAUGGACGGUUGUGGGAGUUGGAUGGUCAGAGGAAGGGCCCGUUGGAGAGGGGCGUUUUGGGCGUCGAUGAGGAUGCGUUGUCUGAUAAGGCGUUGGAUUUGGGUGUUAGGAGGUUCUUGGAGAUUGAGAAGCGGAGUGGCAAUCCUGAUCUCAGGUUUAGUUUGCUCAGUUUGGGGGAGGUGUUUGAGUAGGUCGGUGGGUUAAAAGUUGGAUGAUGGAUUUGGGGCUAUGGUGGGUUGGGUUGAGGUGUUUGCUACUAUUGCUGAUGUGUGCUGGUAUACCCUUUUAUGGUAAAAUGAGGUUGGGAAUGGGAUACGGUUGGUUGGCUGUGGACACGAACAAACUGGAUGUGCUAUUGAAUUCGAUGUAUGUAUGGGUAUAGGAUAAGGUGCAUGCUUAAUCCAAACACUCACUC